GUAUACUCGUUUCUAUUUUAAGAAAUGAAAAUUUAAAAAUAUACAUGACCUCUUCAUUUCAUUAGUAGUAAAAUCCACUCAUCUAUACCAAUAAAAAGAAAACAUAUCUGACUAUUGAAAGGAAAGAAAAUGAUAGAGCCAGAAAUGAUGGAAAAACUUUUAAUAAAUUAUUUGAAAAAACAUAAUAUUUAUGAUAAUAAUAAAUCUUGGUGUGUUAAAUAUUCAAGCUUAGGUGGUCGCGGUCUUCAUGCAAUUCGUGAUAUUAAACAGGGUGAAUUAAUAUUUACUGAUAAACCAUUGAUAAUUGGACCGAGAUGUUACAAUAAAUAUUUACCAAUGUGUAUUAAUUGUUACAAAUCUGAUUGCACAUUAUUUUCUUGUGAUAAUGGUUGCGGUCUACCAAUUUGUUCAAAUGAUUGUGAAAAUUCAAUAAAACAUAUUAAUUCAGAGUGUAAAUAUUUAAAUAAUUUACAAGUAACAUGUGGAUCCAUGUGGUCAAUGGAAUUAUUACAAACAGUUGUACCAAUACGUGCAUUAUCAUUAAAUGAUGAUGAAAAAAAAUUGUUAAAUGGUAUGGAAUGUCAUGAUGGUCCUGGACAUGGAAGAGAAAUUGAAUUAUUAAAAAAAAAUAUUUCAAAUAUUAUCAAUGAAGAUGAUGAAAAAUAUAUGAAAAAAGUAUGUCGUAUUUUUGAUACAAAUGCAUUUGAGACAGUUUUAAUAAUUGAUGGUAAAACAUCAAUAAGUUUACGAGGAUUAUUUCCACUAGGUGCAUUACAAAAUCACAGUUGUACACCAAAUACUCGUCAUUAUUUUACAAAUAAUAAUGUCAUGAUAACAAAAGCAUCAAGAGAUAUUAAAGCUGGUGAAGAACUCACAAUGACAUACACUGAUUUAUUAUGGGAUACAUCAUUACGUAGACGAUACUUGAUUGCAUCAAAACAUUUUGAAUGUAAUUGUAAAAGAUGCUGUGAUCCAUUGGAAUUGGGAAGCCAAAUUGGAGCAAUGAGAUGUGCAAAUAUUGAUUGUUAUGGUUUUAUAUACCCUGACGAGCCAUUGAACUUUGAAACAUCAUGGUCAUGUCGUGAAUGUUUUAAAAAAAUUACCAACAGACAGAUAAAAGUUAUUCGUUCAGGAAUAAAGUCUAUUAUUGAUCCAAUACUACUUGAAUCACCUCGUAAAUUAUUAAAUUUUAUUGAAACUGAAUUAUUAACUCUAGUACCACCGACAAAUCACAUCAUGCUUGACAUGAAAUUUCGUAUUAUUUCUUAUUUUGGAAGAAUUACUGAUUUAACAUGGAAAGAAUUAACUGAAAAAGAACUUGAACUCAAGGAAAAAUAUUGUUAUGAUUUACUUGAUAUUAUGGAUCAUUUAAAUCUUGGUGAUCAUCAAAAAAAAGGAUUAAUUUUAUACGAAUUAUACUGUACGAUAAAUGAAAAAUUACGUAGAGAUAAAAAUUUAAUAAUAAAAAAAAAUAAUGAUAAAAUUAUUGAUAAAAUAUUGGAAAUACUUAAAGAUGAUAUAUCAGCACCACUUGAUUUGAAGAAUUUUCAAGAUGUAUGAUUAUUUAGUUGUAUUGAUCAAACAAAGAAAAAAAAAAUAAACGAGUCAUAAAAAUAAAAAAAUGCAGAAUAA